UUUCUGCUGCACCAGUGGCAGGUGCUGCUCAAAGUGCGCGACGCGCUCGCCGCUGCAGAUGCGCGCGUGGCUGCGCUCUCCGCGGCGCAGCGCGAGGCCUACCUCGUCGAGUUCACGCAGACACUGAGUGUGGCCUUCUUCCGCCUUGUGCACCUCAUGAAGCCCAUGCUCGAUGCGCAACCCGUCGCGCUCGACCUGCCCACACUCACCACACACGGGUUCCGUGCGGCGCACGACGCGCCCACUGCGCACGUCACUGCGUCCGGUGCCGCUCACAGUGUGUCUGCUGCCCGCGACUUCGACGACUGCGUGCGUCGUGCACAGUACGACCAGCCACAAACCAAAAUCAAGACCUACCAAGACCAACUCGACGAGGCCGCCGAACAACUCCAAAAACAACUGCUCCUCGCGCAACAACGAGCGCGGGCGCCGCCGACCCCACCCGCCACCGCCGCCCCCGCACCGCCGCCAGCCACCAUCCACCCUGGCAUGACCACCGACCGUGACACCUAG